GAUAAUGUCAGAAAUACUUGUAUUUUCUUGAUAAAAAUGUUAAUUAAUGCUUAUAGGACAUAAGCUUUAAUUGUACCAUAUUUUCAGAAAUUACAUUUUACUUCUGUAAUUAUUAUAAUUAUCCAGAAACAUGUCGCAAUCAUCAAAGCACAAAAAAGAAAGACAAAGACUUAUAAAUAACAUUUUGGAGAAACGAGCGUUCAUAGAUAACAGAGACACGAAAGUAAAAGUACCACGGCUCAUAACACCUUAUGAUUACGGUCAAAGAAGUGAAGAUUUGUUUAAAUUACCAGAGGAAUUUAGCAAAUCGCCAUUAGAGAAGGAAAAGAAAAAGAAACGCCGCGUACAAAAGAAGCCUUCCUAUUCGCAAAUGCGAAAGGAAAAGGAAACAUUUCACAAACGGAUAGUUGAACUAAUGACAAGCGAUGCCGAUCAAAUGGACGUUGACUUAGAUGAUGUUCCAAUAACAAAUGAAAAAGAUUUGCUUAGAUAUUGUUACUAUAUUAAUUACGGUGUCGAUACUAUUCAUGUAUCUCCCCUUGAUGAUGCAGUUUUGAGACAGAUUUUAUUUUUGAUUCCUCAAAAAUUAAAAAAAUGGAGUACGGUCUUGAAUGAAACGGUAGAAGAAUUGCAGAAGGAUUUCAUGCUAUCAAAUAAGCGAGCAAUUAUUGAUUUCGCUCUCAAAGAUCCUAAUAGCAACCAGCCCCUUAUAACAAUGUAUGAUUCACCAGAGAGACGAGAAGUUGCUGAAGAAUGUCCAAAGUGGCAUAGCAGCAUCGAAUUUAGUAAAUCAAAAAUGUUGCGCUGGUUGUUCAUCGUUAAUCCUGCAACUGUAAACGUGCUAAAUCGAUGGUAUACGCACUACAGAAAAGUGCGUCUUAUAAAUAUGACAGAAAUUAAAAACAACAUUGGGUCCUUUUACCUAAAGAAAUUUCAGAAAAUGGUUCAGAAACAAUUAGAAACAGCUAACACAAUCCUGCUAGAAGAUUAUUUUAAGACAGUCGUUGACAUAUUCAUUCUCGCUCAUAGGAGAAAACAACUGGUCGAUUCAAGAAAUUUGAAGCAGUUGAAAAAAUUUUAUGACUGUGUUGCUUCGUUGAUGACGUAUCAGCUACAGACACUUUGCUUAAAAUCGCUUUAUGAUUACCAUCAGUACAUUACAGAUAUAAAAUAUUCCAAUAACGGUUUUAAAAUCUUCCUGAAGAGGAAAGUCCUUGUCGUUCCAACAGAGGAAGAAGAAGAAGCAGGCGAAGAAACAAUUGCUGAAAGUGAAUAUACGGAAGAGGAGGAAAAACAAGAAGAAGAACAAAAGGCUGAAGAGGUCGAAGAUGAAGAAACGAUAAGUGAAAUGAGAAACGAACUGGAAUUAAUUUUUGAACCAUCUUUCGAGGAAUUUUCCAUCGAAAUUAUCAAUCCCAUUGAUGCAAUGAUUGCUGCAGUCAUGGUAGUACCCAGAUUAGAAACAUUGUUGUACUUGGAUUACGAAGGACCUGCAGGAAGGCUCACACCAGUUAUUCUUAGUGAAAUCGUAGACAAUUAUAAGAAUGAUAUUUAUAAUAUGCUACAAGAACAACGACUUGGUCCAGAAGACAGGGCUCAUGACUUUGACCGUUACCUUCAUUUACUUAAUGGCGAGGUCCGAGAAGAAAUUGAAGAUUUUAAGGAAAAUCUGCCGAUUAUUCACACUUUAGGAAAUCCUGGAUUAAAAGAGAGACAUUGGGAAAUGAUUUCUGAAAUUGUAGGCUUCCCUAUAGUACCUGAUGAGGAACUAACACUAGCUAAAGUAAUCGAUUACGGUUUACAUGAUUUCAUUGAAAAGUUUGAGUCAAUAUCUGAGGCUGCUUCCAAAGAAAACAAUCUCGAAAAGAAUAUUAAAAAAAUGAAAGCAGAAUGGGAAGAUGUAGCAUUCACAGCUUUGGAAUACAAAGAUACUGGCACUUACGUUAUAUCUGCAAUUGACGACAUCCAAGUGCAACUAGAUGAUCAUAUAAUUAAGGCGCAAACGAUGAAGAAUUCCCCGUACAUCAAACCAUUUGAAGCUGAAAUUUUAGACUGGGAACGCAGGCUGCAUUUACUUCAGGUAAUUAUCGACGAGUGGUUAAAAGUUCAGAGCACGUGGAUGUAUUUGGAGCCAAUUUUCUCUUCACCAGAUAUUCAACAGCAAAUGCCAGAAGAGGGUCGAAAAUUUACUGCCAUGGAUAAGAAUAUAUUGAAUCGAUUUACACGGUUCUUAACAACAUUAAUUAAUUUUAGAUUGGUGCAUGCCAUUGUCUUGAUAGAUGAAUUUAAUGCAGAAGAAAGAGCUUAUGGUUUCGAAGAAACCCAGUACCCAUUGAGGAAGAAAACCCAUGACAAAUUAACUCCUUUUAAAAAGUUAUACGAUAAUGCCGUCGAUUACAUGGAAAAUCGCAACAAAUGGUUAAAUUCCAAGGUGGGAACGUAUGACCCCGAUGAAAUAGAAACUGAAGUCACCACUUAUUACAGAAAUGUUUACAAACUAGAGAAAAGUUUCUCUGACAAGCCCGCAACAUGCGAAUUGGCAGGAACGGUCCGAGAAGAAAUUGAAGAUUUUAAGGAAAAUCUGCCGAUUAUUCACACUUUAGGAAAUCCUGGAUUAAAAGAGAGACAUUGGGAAAUGAUUUCUGAAAUUGUAGGCUUCCCUAUAGUACCUGAUGAGGAACUAACACUAGCUAAAGUAAUCGAUUACGGUUUACAUGAUUUCAUUGAAAAGUUUGAGUCAAUAUCUGAGGCUGCUUCCAAAGAAAACAAUCUCGAAAAGAAUAUUAAAAAAAUGAAAGCAGAAUGGGAAGAUGUAGCAUUCACAGCUUUGGAAUACAAAGAUACUGGCACUUACGUUAUAUCUGCAAUUGACGACAUCCAAGUGCAACUAGAUGAUCAUAUAAUUAAGGCGCAAACGAUGAAGAAUUCCCCGUACAUCAAACCAUUUGAAGCUGAAAUUUUAGACUGGGAACGCAGGCUGCAUUUACUUCAGGUAAUUAUCGACGAGUGGUUAAAAGUUCAGAGCACGUGGAUGUAUUUGGAGCCAAUUUUCUCUUCACCAGAUAUUCAACAGCAAAUGCCAGAAGAGGGUCGAAAAUUUACUGCCAUGGAUAAGAUUUGGAGAGAAUUAAUGAAAACCGUUUACACUGAACCAAAAGUUUUGGUGGUUGUGGAAAUAGACAAAAUGGUUGAAAGAUUAGUCAAAUGUAAUGGCUUGCUCGACGCAGUGCAGCGUGGUUUAAACAAUUACUUGGAAGUAAAACGACUAUACUUCCCUCGGUUCUUCUUCUUGUCAAAUGACGAACUAUUAGAAAUUCUAUCCGAAACCAAGGACCCCACAAGAGUCCAGCCUCAUUUGAAGAAAUGCUUCGAAGGGAUAGCUAAACUAACAUUUACAGCUGAUAUGGAUGUAACACAUAUGAAAUCAUCUGAAGGAGAGAUUGUACCACUUGUGGAUGUCAUUCAAACUGCAUUGGCAAGAGGACAAGUUGAAAAAUGGCUGGUAGAAUUGGAAAUAGAUAUGAAGAAGUCUGUUCACAAAAUGGUUGCCAUGGCAAUUGCCGAUUAUACUAAGAAACCUCGUGAUGUCUGGGUCCUCGUAUGGCCUGGUCAAACGAUCCAAUGUAUAGCAAUGAUGUACUGGACGGCUGAAGUACAUGGAGCCAUUCUAAUAAGCAUGAUUGCAAUGAAAAAAUACCUUGAAACCUGUAAUUUCCAAAUAUCGAAAAUAGUGGAUUUGGUAAGAGGAAAAUUGAAUUUACAAAAUCGUAUAACCUUAGGUGCUUUAAUUGUCUUGGAUGUCCACGCAAGAGACGUGUUGGGAGAAAUAAUAGAUACUGAAGUGAGAAGUGUUGAUGACUUUCAAUGGUUAUCUAAUCUGAGAUACUAUUGGGAAAAUAAACAACUAGCAACCCGAAUGAUUAAUUCAACAUUAAUGUACGGGUACGAAUACCUUGGAAACACAACAAGAUUGGUGAUAACGCCCUUAACAGAUAGAUGUUAUCGGACACUCUUUGGUGCUUUGCACCUACAUUUGGGAGGAGCUCCAGAGGGUCCGGCAGGAACAGGGAAGACUGAAACCACAAAAGAUCUUGCGAAAGCGGUCGCCAAACAAUGCGUUGUUUUUAACUGUUCUGAUGGGUUGGAUUACAUAGCUCUGGGAAAAUUCUUCAAGGGUUUAGCUUCUUGCGGGGCUUGGUCGUGUUUUGACGAAUUUAACAGAAUCGACUUGGAAGUGCUUUCUGUCGUUGCUCAACAAAUUUUAACGAUUCAAAGAGCUGUCAAUGCAGGCGUUGAAGACUUGUUGUUUGAAGGUACUCAUCUGAAACUGGAUCCAACCUGCGCCGUCUUCAUUACUAUGAAUCCCGGAUAUGCCGGUAGAUCAGAGUUACCGGAUAAUCUAAAAGCGCUUUUCCGCUCCGUGGCAAUGAUGGUACCAGACUAUGCCCUCAUAUCAGAAAUUGAGUUAUAUUCUUGCGGUUUCCUAGAAGCCAAACCUCUAUCAGUGAAAAUUGUUGCUACCUAUAGGUUGUGUUCGGAACAACUAUCAUCCCAACACCAUUACGAUUAUGGAAUGAGGGCAGUGAAAUCAGUUUUAAGAGCUGCUGCUCAGUUAAAAUUAAGAUAUCCGGAUGAACAAGAAGACAUACUGGUUUUGAGAUCCAUCAAGGACGUUAAUUUGGCGAAGUUUCUGGAGCCUGAUGUUCCUUUGUUUCAGGGCAUAACAUCCGAUUUGUUCCCCGGUGUCGUGCUACCUCCUCCCGACUACGAUAUUUUUAAUAAAGCAGUUGAAGAUAGUUGUAAAACCCGCAAUCUUCAAUGUACACCGUUCUUUCUUGAAAAAGUGCAACAGUUGUACGAAAUGAUUGUCGUAAGACAUGGUCUUAUGAUCGUUGGUUUUCCUUUUGCUGGAAAAACUAGUAACUAUCGCACUCUGGCAGAUGCUCUUGGGUUAAUAGAAGAAAGAGGAGGAAUGGACGAACAUAGAGCUGUUUACACUGUCAUGAAUCCAAAGUCAAUAACAAUGGGUCAGCUGUAUGGGCAAUUUGAUCCCGUAUCCCACGAGUGGUCGGAUGGUGUUUUAGCUGUUAGUUUUCGACAAUUUGCCAUGUCAACUACAGAAGAUAGAAAAUGGCUAAUUUUCGACGGUCCAGUUGAUGCAGUCUGGAUUGAAAACAUGAAUACCGUAUUGGACGAUAACAAAAAAUUGUGUUUAAUGUCUGGAGAGAUUAUACAACUAUCUAACACAACUAAUCUCAUUUUUGAACCAAUGGAUCUUGAUGUGGCUUCUCCUGCAACAGUCUCGAGGUGUGGUAUGAUUUAUAUGGAACCUGCAGCUCUAGGGUGGGAACCUCUUUUAGAAUCCUGGUUGGCAACACUACCGCCAUUGCUGGAAGAUUUUCACAAGAAUAUAGUGCAACAGAUGUAUCUACGUAUUUGUACACCUCUUCUGUGGCUUGUCCGAAAAGGGGGUUUACGGGAACUUUCUCCUACUUCAGACACUAACUUGGUGAAAGGUGUAAUGAAUUUAUUCGACUGUUUUAUGGACGAUUUUUAUAAUGAGGAAUAUGUGGAACAAUUGUCAGACUUGGACGCUCGGGCACAGCUCGAAGGGACCUUUUUCUUUUCUUGUAUUUGGGCUUUGGGAGCCACAAUUGAUUCUGCAAGUCGUCUAAAAUUCAACGUGGUAUUCAGAGGUCUACUUGAUCGUGAAUUUCCUAAACCUCUGUACGAAGCAACGGGAAUACCUUUUGAAAUUCCGAAAGCAGAGAAGCCGUACAUGUUUGUUUUGCCAGUAGCUGAUUCUGUGUUUGACUAUUAUUACAUAAAAGAGGGCAAAGGAAUUUGGAAAUAUUGGUCGUCUGAACUAGAAACCGCGCCUCCUAUUCCACGAGAUAUUCCAGUCAAUCAAAUAAUGGUUACGACGGUUGAAACUAUACGAAAUAUUGCUAUAAUGAAACUAUUGGUGACUCACAAGAAAGCUGUCAUGGUAGUAGGUCCAACAGGAACUGGAAAAUCAGUUUACGUAACGGAGUUUCUUCUGAAAAGAAUUGAGAAGAAAACGUUUAUACCCCUUUUUAUAAAUUUUUCUGCACAAACGUCUGCGAAUCAAACGCAGAGUAUCAUUAUGGGAAAAUUAGAUAAAAGACGAAAGGGUGUUUUUGGUCCUCCAAUUGGAAAAAAGUGCGUUAUUUUUGUAGACGAUGUCAGUAUGCCACAAAAAGAGGUGUACGGAGCUCAGCCACCUAUCGAAAUAUUACGUCAGUGGUUUGAUCACUUUAUGUGGUAUGAUUUGAAAGAUAUUGUACCAAUGAAAUUAAUUGAUAUACAGUUCAUGUGUGCCAUGAAUCCGCCGAUAGGUGGUGGUAAAACUGUUACCCCGAGGUUCUCCAGACAUUUUAAUCAUUUGUGCAUAGACGAAUUCAGUGAUGACAUUAUGAUAAAUAUUUUCAGCAAAAUAAUGUAUUGGCAUUUGGACGUCAGGGGAUUCUCGAAGAGUUUUGAACCAGUGGUAGAAGAAGUGGUUCUUUCUACCUUGGAGGUUUACAAAUUGAGUAGACAAAAUCUGCUACCCACACCUUCUAAAUCACACUAUUUGUUCAAUUUGAGAGAUUUUUCCCGUGUUAUCCAAGGAGUAUUAUUGUCACUUCCGAUCGCAAUGGAAAAUACUAAUUCAAUAAAAAGAUUAUGGAUUCACGAAGUGUUGCGUGUAUAUUAUGAUAGAUUGGUCGAUGAUGCGGAUCGACUUUGGUUGAUAGAAACACUUCAUUACGUUUGUGAAUAUAAGUUGACAGCAGAUAUGAAUAAACUAUUGGAGAGGCUUGCAACUGCUGUUGGAAGGAGUAUUGGAGAAGCAGAAUUAAGAAAGCUAAUUUAUUGCGAUUUCGCUAAUCCGAAGGCAGAUCAACGGUAUUAUGCAGAGGUAACGGAUUUAGUAUUCUUACGAAACGUUGUUGAGAAUUACCUUGCAGAGUACAACAGUAUAUCAAAGAAGCCAAUGAAUCUAGUUCUUUUCAGGUUUGCAAUCGAACAUUUGUCUCGAAUAUGUCGUGUAAUAAAACAACCCAGAAGCCAUUGCUUGUUAGUAGGUGUAGGUGGGUCCGGAAGACAAUCCCUUACCAGACUGGCUGCUCAUAUAUCAGAAUACGAUGUGGCGCAGGUGGAAAUUACUCGAUUGUAUGGCAUGAACGAGUGGCACGAAGACAUAAAAUUAAUUUUACGAAGGACCAGUUCGAGCGAUCAGCAUGCUGUAUUCCUAUUUACUGACACUCAGAUAAAAGAAGAGUCCUUCUUAGAGGAUAUAAGCAAUUUAUUGAAUUCCGGUGAAGUACCUAACAUAUUUACACCCGAAGAGAAAGUGGAAAUUUGCGAGAAAAUGCGUCAAUUUGAUCGACAGAGAGAAAAAUCAAUGCAAACUGACGGAAGUCCUGCUGCCCUUUUCAAUUUAUUCAUACAAAUUGUGCGCGAACAAUUGCAUGUCGUCCUUGCAAUGAGCCCCAUUGGCGAUGGAUUCAGGAUUAGGAUAAGGAAGUUUCCGGCGAUAGUUAAUUGUUGUACAAUUGACUGGUUUCAGGCUUGGCCCGAAGAUGCUCUUUUGGCCGUAGCUACGAAGUUCUUAGGAGAAAUAGAACUCACUGAGAAGGAGAAGGACGUCUGCAUAGAUAUGUGUCAACUGUUCCACACUAGUACACAAACUUUAUCCGACGAAUUCUUUGCUAGACUUGGAAGACACAAUUAUGUCACUCCAACCUCCUAUUUGGAAUUAAUCAACACGUUUAAAGAAUUUUUGGGGAAAAAACGAAGAGCGGUAUUAAUGGCCAAAGAAAGGUACGAAGUUGGACUAGAAAAAUUAGAAUUCGCUGGAUCACAAGUGGCUAUUAUGCAAAAAAGUUUGGAGGCCCUUCAACCACAAUUGGUUGUUGCCAGAGAAAAGGUCGCAGUUACGAUGAAAAAGGUCGAAAAGGAAUCGUUAGACGUCGCAGAAGUGGAAAAACUAGUGAUGGUUGAUGAGGAAGCUGCCAAUGAACAGGCAAAAGCAGCCCAGGCAAUUAAAGACGAAUGUGACGCCGAUUUAGCGGAGGCCAUGCCGAUUUUGGAAGCAGCAUUAGCAGCUCUGAAUACCCUAACACCUGCAGAUAUCACAAUCGUAAAAACCAUGAAGAGUCCUCCAAAAGGUGUCCGAUUAGUCAUGGAGGCUAUAUGUAUAUUAAAAGGAGUAAAACCGGAUAAGGUUCCUGCUCCCAGUGGAAUAGGCACAGUUGAAGAUUACUGGGGUCCUAGUAAAAAAGUCCUUGGGGAUAUGCACUUUUUGGAUAGUUUAAUAAAUUAUGAUAAGGAUAAUAUCCCUCCACAAAUUAUGGAUAUGCUCAAAAAAAGGAUUCUAAAUGACGAAAACUUUGAUCCUGACAAAAUCAAAGUAGCGUCGACUGCUGCAGAAGGUCUGUGUAAAUGGGUAAUCGCUAUUUCAAAAUACGACAGGGUAGCGAAGGUAGUGGCCCCCAAAAAAUUAGCUUUGGCAGCUGCAGAAGCAGUGUUUCGAACUGCCAUGACUGCACUCGAAGAGAAAAGAGAAAUUCUUCGAUUAACAAGAGAAAAAUUGGCUGCGUUAGAAGCUGCGCUCGAAAUUGAAAAAACGAAACUACAAGCACUUAACGAUGAAGUGGACAUGUGCCAAAAGAAGCUCGAUAGGGCUCAAACGUUAAUUGGUGGACUGGGAAGCGAAGGCGCAAGAUGGUUAGCAACGGCAAAGCAACUUGGCAUACAAUAUUUCAUUAUCACUGGUGAUGUGCUCAUUAGUUCCGCCGUUGUUGCCUAUUUGGGACCAUUCACUUUACCAUUUAGGCAAAAACAAAUUGAAAUUUGGAUAGGAAAACUAAUUAAGUAUGGUAUUACAUGUACAAAAGACUUCCAGUUAACUGCUGUUCUGGGUGAGGCAGUAAUCAUUAGACAAUGGAAUAUUUUUGGCUUACCCAGCGAUCUCUACAGUAUAGAUAAUGGUAUAAUUGUUGCGAAUACUCGCCGUUGGCCCCUGAUGAUAGAUCCUCAAGGUCAGGCAAAUAAAUGGGUGAAAAAUAUGGAAAAAGCUAAUAGCUUAGCGACGAUAAGGCUUGCCCAACCUGACUAUCUUCGAGUUUUAGAAAAUGCCAUUCAGUUUGGUCAACCAGUUCUUUUAGAGAAUGUAUUGGAAGAAUUGGAUCCAAUAUUGGAGCCAGUUUUAUCAAGGACAAUAUUUAAACACGGAGGGGCUUGGUGUUUAAAGCUUGGUGACUCCGUUAUAGAAUACAACCCUGAUUUUAAAUUAUACAUAACUACAAAGCUUAGAAACCCUCAUUAUUUACCCGAGGUGGCAGUUAAAGUUACUUUGGUAAAUUUUAUGAUCACCUCAGUAGGUUUGGAAGAUCAGUUAUUAGCAGUAACAGUGGCGAAAGAGAGGCCCGAUUUAGAAGCAGAAAAGAAUCAAUUGAUCCUUCAAGGAGCAGAAAAUAAACGAAUGCUCAAAGAAAUCGAAGAUAAAAUUUUAGAAGUUUUGAGUUCGUCUCAAGGCAAUAUUUUGGAAGAUGAAACCGCUGUGCAAAUUCUAAGUUCUUCGAAGGUGUUGUCCAACGAAAUCUCUUCUAAGCAAGCGGUUGCUGAAGAAACUGAAAAGAUGAUUGAUAAAGCUAGACUUGGAUAUAUUCCUAUCGCAGUGCAUUCGACUAUUUUAUUCUUCAGUACAACCGAUCUGGCAAAUAUUGAUCCGAUGUAUCAGUAUUCUCUGGUUUGGUUCAUGAAUUUAUUCAAGUCGGCCAUCGACAAUACGGAGAGAACUGAGAAUGUAGAGGAACGUUUGACAAUAUUAAAAAACUAUUUCACGUACUCAUUGUAUGUUAAUAUUUGCAGGAGUUUAUUCGAAAAGGAUAAGCUGCUAUUUUCUCUGAUACUCUGUAUUAAUUUGCUUAAAAGCAAAAAUCUGAUAGACCAAGGACAGUGGAUGUUUUUACUAACAGGAGGUGUUGGUCUGGAUAAUCCUCAUAAAAACCCAUCGAUAUGGCUAGUGUCCAAACAAUGGGACGAAUUGUGUCGUCUCGAUGAACUUAGUGCAUUUAGGGGUAUACGCAAACAUUUCGAAAACAAUUCAGAGCAUUGGAGAAAAAUGUUCGAUGAUCCUGAACCUCAACAUUUCGUUUUACCGGAUCCCUAUCACAAGUCACUAAAUCAAUUUCAAAAAAUGUUAGUCCUACGCUGCAUUCGACCAGAUAAAAUUGUUCCAGCAGUACAAGAUUUUGUGCAAGAAAAACUUGGUAGACAAUUUGUCGAGCCGCCUCCCUUCGACUUGGCAUCGUCAUAUUCCGAUUCACAUUGCUGUAUUCCUUUAAUUUUUGUCUUAACACCUGGUGCUGAUCCAACAGCUAUUCUUUUAAAAUUUGCCGAAGAUCAAGGCUUUGGUGCCAGACUGUUCUCAUUGUCUUUAGGACAAGGCCAAGGCCCCAUAGCAGUGAAACUUAUCGACGAAGGCGUGAAAAACGGAAAUUGGAUUGUACUUCAGAAUUGCCAUCUAGCGAAAAGUUUUAUGCCGACUUUAGAAAGAAUUUGUGAAGGUCUGACCCUGGACAAUACUCAUCCUGAUUUCAGAUUGUGGUUAACCUCAUAUCCGGCUGAACAUUUUCCCGUUUCGGUAUUGCAAAACGGGGUAAAAAUGACAAACGAACCGCCGAAAGGUUUAAAGGCUAACAUUACCAGAUCGUAUCUAAGUGAUCCAAUAUGUGACCCAGAGUGGUUUGAUAAUUGCAAACAACCAUCAGCGUUUAAAAGAUUAUUAUAUGGAUUAUGUUUCUUUCACGCUUUAAUUCAAGAGAGACGGAAAUUUGGACCACUAGGCUGGAAUAUUCCAUAUGAGUUUAACGAAACUGACUUGAGAAUUAGUGUGUUGCAGCUCCAAAUGUUUCUUAAUCAAUAUUCCGAUGUUCAGUUUGUUGCCUUAAGGUAUCUGACAGGUGAAUGUAACUAUGGAGGUAGGGUCACAGAUGACUGGGACAGAAGGACUUUAAAUACAAUUUUGCGAAGGUUCUAUUGUAAAGAAAUCGUUGAAGUACGUCACUACGCAUUCGAUCCAACAGGACAAUAUUAUUGCCCUGAUGCAGAGGAAUACGAAGAAUUUAUGAAUUAUACGAAAUCUCUACCAUUGCUUACCCACCCCGAAGUGUUUGGAAUGCAUGCAAACGCAGAUAUUACAAAAGACCAGAAUGAAACUAAUUUACUUUUCACAAGUAUUUUGUUGACCCAGGAUGCUACUUCAAGUGAAAGCUCAGAAAAAUCACCAGAAGACGUUAUCUUUGACAUAGCCUCAGAUAUUUUAUCAAAAUUGCCCAAAAAUUACGACAUUGACGAAGCAAUGCGCAAAUAUCCAACUUCUUACACACAAAGUAUGAACACUGUGCUUGUUCAAGAAAUGCACCGUUUCAAUAAACUGUUGACAACCAUCAGAGAAAGCCUGAAAAAUGUCCAGAAGGCAAUUAGGGGCCUAAUUGUUAUGUCUAAUGAUCUGGAAGAAGUCGUGGUUAGCAUGUUGACAGGAAGAAUACCGGGAAUGUGGGCGCGCAACUCUUAUCCUUCGCUAAAACCCCUUGGAAGUUAUGUCAACGAUUUUCUUGCAAGACUUGAAUUUCUUCAGAAAUGGUUCAAUGAAGGCCCACCUCCCACAUUUUGGAUUGCAGGAUUUUUCUUCACCCAGGCUUUCCUUACGGGUGCUCAACAAAAUUUUGCUAGAAAAUAUACUAUUGCUAUUGAUUUGUUGGCUUUUGAAUACGAGGCUAAAAAAGAGAAGACAUUUCCCAAGCCUCCAGCAGAUGGAGUCUAUGUUUACGGUUUGUUUUUGGAAGGUGCAAGGUGGAAUAUGCAAAAGAUGAUUGUUGACGAGUCUCUUCCGAAAGUGUUAUUCGCCCCUGUUCCAAUAAUUUUGAUGCUGCCAAUUAAGCGAUCUGAUUUGGUGCCUAAAAAGACCUACGAUUGUCCUGUUUACAAAACCGCAGAAAGACGAGGGGUCCUGUCCACUACCGGUCACUCAACUAAUUUCGUAAUUCCCAUAAGAUUGCCGACGGAAGAACCACCUCAGCAUUGGAUUCUACGUGGUGUCGCUAUGCUGUGUCAACUGUCGCAAUAAGUUGAUCACAGAUUUUUGUGAUGAAUUA